AAGCGCGCCAUCUUUCAGUUUUCUCCGUUUGCAAGCGUUUAAUCCAACGGGAAUUUACAUGAGAUCAGUGAGUAAUAAUCUUUCUGAGUAGAUUGGAACCUUUGGAUGGAACAGAUCCGCCUGGGAAACCCACGGUUGUUAUCCAACUUUCGCUAAGUGUCUCGAACGGUCAUAACAAAGAGUUUGUUGUGUUCUCGCGGACACAGAACUAUCAGAACCGAACAUUCGCAGGAAAAAGAAAGAAAGCGCUAGAUCCCGUUGGAAUCACGCGACACCGCGGUAUCCCCCAAAGCUUGCAUUUCCGCGCCCAGUGUGGGUGCUCUGUGUGCGUCGACUAGUGUCAGUGUGAUCGCGUUUUCUUUAAUAAACAAAGUGUAAGAAAGUAUGACGUGAAUAUUGAUCGCAUCGAGGGUGAGGAAGCGACGAAAAUCUGCUUUCUAAAUCAGUUGGUGGAAAACUUUCACGUACUCAUAACCUGAAUUCGAGUCGAACGGGCCAAUCUGAGGAUCGAUUCCCGGGGUGACGAGUAAUUAUAAAUUUCCUACAACAAAAGAUAAAUUUAACGCGUAACCUCCGUGGGGCGAGUGCGAGCUAAAUUUAGCGAGAAAAUCUGACCUUGUGGAAUUACAUCGACCGCGCCGUCUGUCCCUCUGGGGUUAAUUACACCGUGGAGGAGUCCAGACCGUCAUUCACCCGUUUUGGCCUUUUUUAUCUUCACAAGGCUCUCUAUAGAUAGCUGGUUCCGUUUAAUAAAGAUUGUGCAAGACGUAAAAAUAUCGCCCGGAGCGCGAGUAGUGGAACAAUAAAAAUAAAAACAAACAACGAAAAUAAAGCGCAUAUGCCCCGCACAGGGCAGUUUUGUUUUCGCGUGAUUAACUUGUGUAGUGGUCGAUGAACUUGACGAGCAGCAACGGCGUUCUUUGUUUAAGAAAUUUCUUUCUGAGCUUCUCGAGAAUUCAGUAAAAAGAGACCGAUCCGCCGAGAACGCCGCCAACGCGCCGUGCCGUGGGAUUUUAUCGCUUCGCGCCCGUUUUUCAAGUGUUAACUGCUCUCAAUCGGAAGUCGACUCCGUCCCAAAUCCACUUUGCAAACAAAAUAUGGUCAAACAGUUGAAGGUGUCCGAAAACUACUUCUUCCUUCAUUUGAUUUUGUAUUAUUUCCUGUUGAUCCGUCUAGUGUUUGGCCAGAACAUUCGCAAGCUCUGCUACACCAUUUUCGAGAGUGGCCUAAAGAAAUCGCUCAACAUUUAUCUGAUAAAACUGAAAACAGACUACACCUAAGACCGCAGACUCUGUGAGCUCGGGGAGAUCCAGUGAGCCGACAUUGUUGCGAUUGUUUACGAAUUUCACGAGAAUUUAGCGAAAUACUUUGUUUGGUACCCUCAGAGCGAAUAACUCACGAAAUUUCAAAUCGAAAUAGCGAAAUCUAAAUUGUUCAAAAAUCGACGAUUGUUAGUUAUCGAAUCCAAAAUGAAUGUAAAUUCUCCGGAAUUCAUCCCGUCCGCGAGGCGGGAAGUGGUGAAUCGAAUUCAAACGCCGAAACAGAAGCUCGCAGGCAGGCGAUCGAUAGUUGGAGUUAGCCAAGAUCUGAACCUGCAGGCGCGAGUACAACGACAGCACCAACAUGCGACAGCGCAAUGGUCGUUGGCGCAAAUAUUUGUAUGGAGUCCCACAACGGCUACAGUAUGGCAUCUUCCUGGCGUCUAUGACUAUGACACAGUGCAACAGCAUUUUGGUAGCAAUGGUAGUCAUCAGCAAGAACAACAUGAUUUAGUAGUUGGGCCCGGUAAAGUGGAAGGUGGAAGCGGUGUUAAUGGCAAUCAAUUUACCAUUAAUCACAGUCAGAAAUCGGGUCAUGGAAAAACAUCAUCAACAGCAUCACCAAAAGGCCGAAAUAGUGGUGGAAUUAGCAAACAACGUCAUAACGAAAAUAAAUCACAUCCUGCGCACCCAUGGCUAGUGACAACACUAAAGGGUCAUACCGAUGAGAUCCGUGAUAUUGGUUUUUCAAGUAGCGGAAAAUUUCUGGCUACUUGUGCUGAAGACAAUGCGGUCAGCAAUAACGGCGGCAACACCGACGACAACACCAGCCAUAAAAACAGCGCCACUAGUGAUUUAUCAACCGCAAACAACAUUGAUGAUAUAAACAGUACGAAAAGUGAGGACCUCGCAACAGCCUAUCAAAUUAAAGAGAAAAUUAAAAAAGCCACAACAAAAUCGAGUCGUAAUCGACGACAGAGAAAAAUGAAUCAACAAACUCAAAACAGACAGUCCACAACACUAUUUUCAACCCAUCAAAUGGAUAUCGAUGACGAGGGAAAGGAGAAUCUUCAACCUUCAACGCCUAAAUCCUACCGCAAACAGGUCAAAUCGGGAGCGCAACCUCUUUCGAAUGGAAAUAAAACAGCAGGACAGGAAAAAUCUACGAUGAUCAACAUCGAUAAUUUGGCGAAAAUAUCACGAGCAGUAACCCCGCCCUUAAGACAGCACACAAAAUUGAAUCUCCAAGAGUCGGAAUUGGUUAAAUUUUUGCAUCACUAUAUAAUUGAUCCAGCACAAUUGCGAAUGUACGGUUACCCUGUGGAAAGUGAUGUUCAUUUGGGUCUAGCCGAAAUAUACAAGCAUCCACCUCGUGCCUAUGCCAAUACCAAACUCUUAAACAGUUUUCUUGGUAAGAAGGACACUUUGGGAAAACGAGACAGUGGAAGCUGGGAAGAUAACAAUAGUGAUGUGAUUCAAUUAUCAGGAGACAGUGGUCGGGGCAGUGAUUCAUCAAGUUCCCCAUCUGUAGACAGCGACGCGUCAGAAAAUGGAGAAGAAGACGUUGGGUUGGGUUCUAGUGUAUGCUCUGCAGACGCUGGCAUUCUGCAACAGUUCUUAUAUUCAUCGCUCGAGAAAACCUGUGCUCGUUGCAAAACUCCAUUCUACGUCACCGACAAUGGCGAAUAUCUAACUCAGGAUGAAUGCACCUAUCACUGGGGAAAAGUUAUGCAAGUUUACAAACCAGGGCAUGGAUUCUGCAGUCAAUACACCUGCUGCAACGAAGAUGUCAGUUCAGAGGGCUGCUCGAAAAAUCGCCUUCAUGUUUGGUCAGGAGUGUCGGUUGGUCUCAAUGGACCAUACGACGACUAUGUCCAAACACAGCCACCCUCAGACGAGUUGGUAGGAGAUCACGCCAAGGUCUACGCCAUGGAUUGUGAAAUGUGCUUCACAGGACUAGGCUUGGAAGUGGCUAAGGUAACAGUUGUUGGAGCCGAUGGCCAACUAGUCUAUGAACAGUUUGUGCGUCCGGAAUCUGAAGUAGUUGACUAUAAUACUCGUUUUUCUGGAAUCACAGAAAAAGAUCUCCUUUCGAAGAAUUGCAACGUGAAAAGCCUGCGUGAAAUUCAACAAGAUCUCCUGCAAUUGAUCAACUCGACAACGAUACUUAUAGGUCAUGCUCUUGAAAAUGAUCUUCGAGUCCUGAGGAUUCUCCAUAAAAAUAUUAUCGAUACUUCGAUAGCAUUUCCACAUUGUAGUGGUUUCCCAUUUCGUCGGGGUCUAAAAAAUCUUACAAAAGCAUAUUUGAAACGUGAUAUUCAAGUAUGCGAAACGGGACAUAGCAGUUUUGAAGAUAGUCGAGCCUGUCUCGAAUUGAUGUUAUGGCGAGUUCGAAGGGACUUUCGAACCGUUUUAGAACAAUAAAGUUUCUAUUCAUUGGUAGAUAUUUAUACAUUUUUUUUUUGUAAUUUAAUUGUUACUGUAAUUUUUAUUUUUCUUAAAUUUAAGACGAGCCGAGAUUUUUAUAUAUUUGUUUCAUUGCUAUCAGCAUCAGAAAAUAUUAUCAUCAAGGAGUAAAUAGAGUCAAAUUUAGGCAAGAGCACUUCAAAAAUUUGUGCUUCACCCGAUUGGCCAGUGAAGUAGUAUGUUAGGUCCCUUUGAUAGAUUCGAAUAUUUAUACAUUUCAAUAAUUUUUAAAACUAUAUUUACAUAAACAUACAUCAGGGGGCCAAAUUACUUUGGGCCAAAAAUCUAUUUUCAAAAUUCACCACCAUCAAACCUCACUAUCCCUGUUGGCAUGCAAUGAAACAAAAUAAUAAAAAUGAACUGAUUUGUUGCUGUGAUUUUAUAUAAAAAAUUACUAUUACUUUGUCAUACUUUUUUCUUUUUUAUUUUAUACCGAAAAUAAUGAAAGAAUCGAUAUACACCCACACAUACACACACAAAAAGGUUAAAACGUAACAUAAUGGUUAGUUGAAAUGCACAAAAUAGAUGUUCAUAAAGUCGAGUCUGUUUUUUAAUUCAUAAGAUCGAAGAAAACGUUGAAGAUACAAAUAAGAAACGUAGAAUAACAUUAACAUGAUGAUUUAUGAUUUGAUUUCCCAAAACAACAAAUGAGCAUUCAAACGAUAACCAAGUUUUGUCUUACUCAAAUCAUUAAUAGUUUUAUCAUAUUUUCGAAAUAUUUCAGUUUGAACAUGAUCAUUUUUCCUAUUUUUUAUUUACUUGAAAAAUUAUUUAUUGUUCAUUAAGUAUUUCAAUAGAAUACAAGUCCCUCAUUUGUAAAUAAUAUCAUUUUUAUCGACAGAGCAUUGAUUUAUUUCUAUUUUUUCAAUUGAAAAAAAAAACACUGUGGAGAAUGAACACCAACUUGCAUAUACAUACAUAGACUUAUGUAAAGAAAAUCAAAAGUCAAUCAAUGACUAACGUAUAACAACUAAAUGAUGCGAAAGUUCUUUUUAAUGUCAUUUUCCCUCACUUUUGAUUCAUAUUUUCUCUGAAAUUGUUGUGAAAAUACAUUAGAAAAAAUGUAUUUCGUUUGAUAAACGGAAAGAGGAAAAAAUAUAAAUCUUUCCGAAAAAAAGAUGACGAAGACACAAGAAAUAUUGAAUAAAGUCAAUUUUUUGAAAUCGAACGGAUUUAUUU